AUGACUUUAGAAGCGAAGGACAUGGCUCUGGGCCAGGCAGGGAAUUUCCUGGCAUACAACAUGGCUCCAGCUGCUUUAGUCACACCCCUUGGAGCGCUCGGGGUCCCCUUUGGGUCUCUCUUGGCUUCCUACUUGCUGCAGGAGAAUCUCAAUGUUCUUGGGAAGCCGGGCUAUGUGUUAAGCUGCACAGGUGCUGCUGUUCUGAUUAUCCACACUCCGAAGUCUGAGAGUGGGAGCUCAAGGGUGGAGCUGGAAGAGAAGCUUGGAGAUCCAGUGUUCCUCGGCUACCUCUGUGUCGUCCUGCUGCUGCUGCUGAUCAUGUGGGUCACUCCUGUGCACGGCCCCACUAACAUGGUCUACAGCACUAUCUGUUCCUUACUGGGCACGGUGAAGCUGCCCAGUAGCAAAGGCCUAGGGCUGGCUGCUCAGGACGUGUUCAUUGGGGACCCCUCCAAUCAGAGAGCCCUGUAUCUCUUGGGGCUGCUAUUGGUCACCCUGGCAUCCAGUGUCCUCAUCCAGUUCACCUACACUAACAAAGCGUUGGAGCACUUCGACAGCUCUGUGAUCGGGGCCGUUUACUACGUGACGUUCACCACUCUCGUCACAUUGGCCACAUCCAUUCUCUUCAGGGAAUGGAGUGAAAUGGGUGCUGUGGACAGCCUUGGCAUGGUGUGUGGCUUCGUCACAGUGUCUGUGGGAAUCGUUCUUCAAGUAUUCAAGGAAUUCACUUGGAGUUGGAGUGAUGUAAAGAAAGCUCCUCGUAAGAAAGACUGAACACUUGCAGUACCCGCUUCUCCAGUGGUGCAAACACUUUUACCAUGUUUUUAUUCAUUGUUUUUUAUCAUUGCACAUUGUUUGCACACCUAAUAUGUACCAGAGGCACAAUAGAGGAUCCAAAUACUGUAUCUUGCACAGCACUGACUAAACAAAUUUAACUAUGCUAUACUGUAACCAUUUUUGUGUUUGUUUUUUU